GCCGUUUGUUUCCAUGGAGCCGGCAGAAGCUUUAAACCCAAGAUAACGGAUUAGCGAUUGGCCUGCUUCUCCGCCGUUUUGUGUUGUAAAAUAAAUUCAGGAUGUCGGAACAUUUAGAGACUAUGUUUUUAUUCGAGUUUUUGGUGGAAAGCAUCCGACUCGAGCGACUUUUUAAAGCUUCCCACCGGUUGGCAGUCGGAGUGCGACUCCUGGAUUUCCCACUGCUGCUAAUUGAUCAACCGGGCGGUAACAAGGACCACACCGAGCGGGAAGGACAUGAUAGACCAGGUGAAUACACAUUUAACAGAGGCAAAUCUUGUUUCUUCAAGAUGAACCGUCCCUCUCUGCACGUCCAGCUGUCCAACACUCCUCUUUAUGCCAUGGUGCUGGACGCGACAGAGGGCAGCCCCAGACUGGUUGGCUCCUCUCUCAUAUCCCUGGCUAAAGCAGUGGACAGAGUCGAGCAGGGAGGUGUUUCGAGUCCCUCCUCCCACAGAGAAAGGGGUCUUGUCUCUUUAUGCGACCUAGCAGGGGAGAGGAUCGGAACAAUAUCCCUGAGUUAUAAACUGGUGAGUCUGGGGGCGAGCUUACUGUCACACAUCGCUGAGAAGAGGGGAUUUAAAGGGACUGGUGGUCAGCAGCAAGAGCGUGUCAAGGAGAAAAACAAAUCUCCCGAGUCAAAUGUGUUUUCGCCCACAAUAGACAAGUUGGAGCUUAACGUCCAAAGUAAUAAACAAACAGAUUCAAAGAUCCUGUUGGGCGAGGAUAAGCUGGAUGACAGCGCUGCAUGCGUCUCAGCUGAAAGCCCAAAUGCACACUGUUAUGAGGAGGACGUAACUGUAUUCUGCCCCCCUCAUCUUUACUACAGUAAUACUGCGCAGGAGAGAAGCAGCAACAAAGAGGUGGAUUAUAAAUUCCCGAAUCUUGAUUUGGAAGCUUUUACAUUUGAAGAUUCCUGCUUGGAAGAUGAGAAGGAUGAGGGUCUCAGCUCUCAGCGGAAAGUGGUUUUUACUUCUAACAUGUCAAGUGGCCAGGAGGCCAGUGGGGGGACCCCAAAUAUCCUCAGAGAAGCCUUAAAGAAGCUGCCUCUGUUAAACGCACUUGUUGCUGAACUCUCCCAGUUGACUGACUCUGGUAAUCCCAGUCCGGCUUGGAUUUACAAGCCUGAGGACACCGGUACACAUUUGAAACACCCAAGAAACUGUUCCACACCCAUAUUCAACCCAGCAAAAGACAGCCAAGAGGAGAUUUUAAAUGGGAACCAAGACUCCAGUAAAUCUCACAGGACGAAGCUUGUUUAUGGAACAACUAAAACGUUUAAUCUAAGGCUGAAGCAAGCUUCUUCUCUCCAAGUAAAACAUCGAGAAUGCACAGGUUUGUUACGGGAAGAGACACAGACAGGGGCAGUCACAGGAAAGACAAAGUCAAGCAGGAAAACCAUAAAGUCCAGCAAAGUAAAAUCUGUGUUGAAUCGGAGCCACAACCUCAAUGAAAACAUUGAGACAGCGAUGCAAAGUGUCCCGGCCGACCCUGCGCUACAAACAACCGUAACACUGAAACAAAAAGCUCAACAUGAUGAACAAAACAGCGAUGAACGAGAAGAUUCAGAGAAAGCUUUUCAUCCGCAGAGAGCAUUAAAAUGUAUUCACCUUCCCAGUGUGGACAGGGACAGCAUUCCUCCAGGGAAAGACAAGCAUCAAAGCAGAUCAGAUCAAUCAGAGUCUGACAACGAUAACUUAAAAGUUUUAGUUCCUCGUGUCAAAGAGAAACGAAACGGUAGCCCAGACUCAUUUUCAGAGUCCAGCAUUAAUGGAAAGGAGGAUGGAGAUUACACUGAUGACUUUGACAGCUUAGAAUCCAGUGAUGCUUCUCCUCCUAAACCUGGGAGUCCCGAGUCCUCCAGGGCCAAAACUCCAAAGUCUCCUAUUUGUUCCAGCUCAAGAUCUGAAGGAACGAAACAAGUCCCUGUGCCGGUCAAAGUUCCCGGCUCUCCACGCCGAGCCCUGAUGGGUACGCACAUCAUCCGACCUCGCACCCCCUCCUCAGCUCUCAGCUUUUCCACCGAUGGUGACGACAGGGACGCGUCGGCUUCUUUACAGACCGUCUGCUCCAGGAAACGCACAACUGCAGGUGACCGAGGGGAGCCAAGCUCUGACGCCGCGAGCUUUUUAUCUUCACUAGGUGAAAGGACUGAGUCACCUGGGGACCGUGACUCCGUUCAAGGGUUUUCUGACAAAUCCAUAUCCUCCUUUGAAGCCCAGGAAGCAGAGGAAAUGGAGGAAGAGCUUGGAUCUCUGAAUUUCAGAAAGGAGUAUCAGCAUAUUUCAGAGCUCGUCAUCAACAAACUCCCUGGGUACACAAUGUAAAGAAAAAAUACCUUUCUCUGAAAUGGAAACCUCAAAUGUACUUUUUCUUUUUAUCAAAUGCUGC